AACUAUCUUUUCAUCAAUCUCCUUAUGAAUUUAGCCAUGAAGAGAAAGAAGACUAAAGGGCGUCAAAAGAUACCAAUGCAAAAAAUAGAAAAUAAGAAUGCCUUGCUAACCACAUUUUCAAAGCGUCGGAAGGGUUUGUUCAAAAAAGCUAGUGAAGUUGUUACAGAAUGUGAUGUUGACAUUGGAAUAAUGAUGAUUUCACCUUCUGGUAAGCCACACUCAUUUUUUCACCCUACUGUUGAUGCAAUUGUUUCUCGUUUUCAGAAUCCUGAUAUGCAGCUAAGCGAAGGUAUUCGUCUAGACGCGACUACUGCUCGAAAUCGAGUGAAUCAACUCAAAACCAGGCUUGAAGAACUUGAUGCUAUAGAAGAUGCUCUGUUUGCUCAAACAUUUUUUUAUGACCAAAUGGCAGAAACGCAACAAAAAAGUUCGUGGGAGUCAAUUGAGCAACUCGAUGCAGAUGAACUAAUCAUAAAUGAAGCUUGGUUACGUGACACUAAUUUCAAAAUUUGCCAUCGUUUGAGCCAAUUAAAAAUUGGAGCUUCAUCCUCAUUGGGACGUGAAUCUUUUGGAAUAUGAAGUUUGAACAAUUCAAAUUAUAGUUGAAUCAUGCUAGGUUUACUUAUAGAUAUAUUGGUGGAGACUCUAGUGAGUUCAAAUUUAUAUUAUUAAGGUAUUGAUUUUUUUUUAAAUAAUUUAUUUCAAUGAUGCUUCAAUCAUGUAUUGCUAUGAUUUUCAUUAAUAAUAUCUGAUAU